AUGGACAAAGCUGUCAGGAAAAGAAUUUUCCCCAGACAGAUGCUUUCUUUUUUCUUCUUGAGUCUUCUCCUCUUAGGGGAAAGGGUGAACAGCAUGUCCCCAGAGCCUCGCAUUGUGGGAGGCUGGGCUUCCCAGUGGGGACAGUGGCCAUGGCAGGUGAGCAUCCGGGAGCAAGGUCAGCACGUGUGUGGUGGCUCGCUCAUCAAUCACCAGUGGGUACUUACAGCUGCCCACUGCGUGCCCAGUUCAGGGAAUCCCAGGAACCUGCAGAUCCAACUGGGGGAAAAGUACCUCUAUACCAAGCCCCGCUAUUCCAUCUUAGUUCCUGUGAGUCAGAUACAGUUGCACCCCCAGUAUGAUGGGGAUGCCCUUCAUGGAAGAGACAUUGCACUGUUGAAGAUGAGACGACCUGUGCCUUUCUCCAAAUUCAUCAGGCCCAUCACCCUGGCCCCACCUGGGACGCAGGUCCCACCGAAGACCCGAUGCUGGGUGACCGGCUGGGGGGAUAUCAGGGAAAAUGUGCCCCUGCCUUCGUCCUAUCCGCUGCAAGAGACUGAUGUGCACAUCGUGGACACACAGAGAUGCCGAGAGCUCUAUGACCCAGAGCCCAUUAGGAAUGAAAUGCUGUGUGCUGGAUAUUCCCGGGAGCGUAAGAACUUCUGUGAUGGUGACUCUGGGGGCCCUCUUGUCUGUCAACUUAGAGACAGAAGUUGGAUCCAGGUGGGUGUAGUGAGCUUCAUCAGAAGUUGUGCUGACCCCCUACUUCCAGGUGUCUAUUCCAGGGUUUCCUCCUACGUGCCCUGGAUCCGCCAGUCUGUACCUCUGCCCUGAGAUCCAGUGUGGCGUCCCCCUGAGCUCUGAUGACCUCAGAAUCAAGCCACAGAUUCCUGACUCCUACUGAUUUAAAGAAUUUUUCCUUCACCCCAUCCUAUUCUCUGCCUUGACCCUUCCUGCUUUCCUCAAUUCUCCUUCUAUUCUCUCUCAUAUGUCCCCAGUUCCAUGUACUUGGCUCCAUUAUAGCCCUAUUCAUGCCCUGGCUCCAGACUUCAUGAAGGGAAAAAAAUGGGAUGGAGGGGUUCUCAGGAGAAGAAGAAAAAUCUGGCAUGCCAGCAUAUCACUGCUGGUAGGGGAAAGAACCAGCCAUAGGUUCCCAUCCUGGGAACAGGAGGAAGCAGGAAAAGGGGAAAGGGUCAGGACAAAAGGACUAUUGAUGGAGCCGGUAUA